AUGAUGAUAUCUAGGGGGCUGUUUGGGUGGUCCCCGCCACACAUACAGCCUCUUACCCCGGUGUCUGAGGUUUCGGAGCCGCCGGAGUCUCCUUCUCCUUAUUUGGACACUGGUAUAGAUGGCGCGCAGGUGGAGCUGGAGGAGGAGAUCGACGCCGAGGCUGAAGAGAUCGAGCCACCUCCAGCUGCUGUACCUUUCUCGAGGCUUUUUGCUUGCGCGGACCGCCUCGAUUGGGUUCUUAUGUUCGUCGGAUCACUGGCUGCUGCUGCCCAUGGUACCGCGCUGGUGGUUUACUUGCAUUAUUUCGCUAAGAUUGUGCAGUUACUGGGCCACGCCUCCGAACCUCCUGGAGAUUUGUAUCACAGGUUCACUGAGCUUGUUUUGACUAUCGUUUACAUUGCUGCGGGAGUUUUUGCUGCUGGUUGGAUUGAGGUUUCAUGUUGGAUUCUUACCGGAGAGCGGCAGACUGCUGUAAUUAGGUCCAGAUAUGUUCAAGUGUUACUCAACCAAGACAUGAGUUUUUUUGACACCUACGGGAACAAUGGGGACAUUGUGAGCCAAGUAUUGAGUGAUGUGCUGCUUAUACAAUCUGCUCUUAGUGAAAAAGUUGGAAACUAUAUUCAUAACAUGGCUACCUUCUUCAGUGGUUUAGUGAUUGGAUUUGUUAACUGCUGGCAGAUAGCUCUUAUUACUUUAGGGACCGGUCCGUUCAUUGUUGCAGCAGGAGGAAUUUCAAAUAUAUUUCUUCAUAGACUAGCAGAAAACAUCCAAGAUGCAUAUGCUGAGGCUGCAAGUAUUGCUGAACAGGCGGUGUCAUAUAUUAGGACUUUAUAUGGAUUCACAAAUGAAACAUUAGCGAAAUACUCUUAUGCAACUUCUUUGCAAGCUACAUUGCGAUAUGGUAUAUUGAUCAGUCUUGUGCAAGGGCUUGGUCUUGGUUUUACAUACGGGCUUGCAAUUUGUUCUUGUGCUCUGCAACUAUGGGUGGGAAGGUUUCUUGUGACCCAUGGGAAAGCUCAUGGAGGUGAAAUAAUUACAGCUCUAUUUGCUGUAAUUUUAAGUGGCCUUGGCUUGAACCAGGCGGCAACAAAUUUCUACUCUUUUGAACAAGGCAGAAUUGCUGCAUACAGACUCUUUGAGAUGAUAAGCCGGUCAUCUUCUGCUGUUAAUCAUGAUGGAACAACUCUUGCUUCUGUUCAAGGAAAUAUUGAAUUCCGAAAUGUGUAUUUCAGUUAUCUUUCUCGUCCCGAAAUCCCGAUUUUAAGUGGAUUUUACCUCACAGUUCCUGCAAAAAAAGCUGUAGCACUUGUUGGUAGAAAUGGUUCUGGAAAGAGCAGUAUCAUUCCUCUUAUGGAACGGUUUUAUGACCCUACAUUAGGAGAGGUUCUUUUGGAUGGUGAAAAUAUUAAAAAUCUGAAGCUAGAGUGGUUGAGGAGCCAAAUUGGUUUAGUCACGCAGGAGCCUGCUUUGCUGAGUUUAAGUAUAAGAGAGAACAUUGCAUACGGGAGGGAUGCUUCUUCAGAUCAGAUUGAAGAAGCUGCUAAAAUAGCUCAUGCCCAUACAUUUAUCAGUUCAUUGGAGAAAGGAUAUGAUACUCAGAUUGGUAGGGCUGGUCUAGCAUUAACUGAAGAACAAAAAAUUAAGCUUUCGAUUGCUCGUGCGGUGCUGUCAAAUCCUUCGAUUCUUCUGCUUGAUGAGGUUACUGGUGGACUGGAUUUUGAGGCUGAAAAAGCUGUUCAGGAAGCCCUAGAUCUUCUUAUGUUGGGCAGAUCAACAAUAAUAAUAGCCAGGCGGCUUAGUUUGAUAAAAAAUGCUGACUACAUUGCUGUGAUGGAAGAAGGUCAACUUGUGGAAAUGGGUACACAUGAUGAAUUAAUCAACUUGGAUGGUCUCUAUGCAGAGCUUCUCAAGUGUGAAGAAGCUGCAAAGCUUCCUAGGAGGAUGCCCUUGAGGAAUUAUAAAGAAACUGGUACUUUUCAAAUUGAAAAGGAUUCAUCGGGCCACGGCUUCCAAGACCCAUCAUCUCCCAAAAUGAUGAAAUCACCUUCCCUCCAGAGAGGUUCUGGUUUUCAAGCAUAUCGGCCUACGGAUGUUAGCUAUAGCUCACAAGAGUCUCCUCAAAUCCGCAGUCCACCAGAGCAAUUGGGUGAAAAUGGCACGCCACUGGAUGGAUUUGAUAAAGAGCCAUCAAUAAAGAGGCAAGAUAGUUUUGAAAUGAGACUUCCUGAGCUACCCAAGAUUGAUGUCCAGUCAGCACAUCGACAAACGAUGAAUGGUUCUGAUCCUGAAUCCCCAGUCUCCCCGUUAUUGACAUCUGACCCAAAAAAUGAGCGUUCUCAUUCUCAAACUUUUAGUCGGCCACACAGUGAAUUUGAUGAUAUUCCUAUUAAAAGAAAGGAUUCAAAAGAUUCACGACAUCGAGAACCACCAUCUUUUUGGAGACUGGUGGAGCUUAGCCUUGCUGAGUGGCUUUAUGCUGUUUUAGGAAGUAUUGGUGCUGCCAUUUUUGGUUCUUUUAAUCCUCUUCUUGCUUAUGUUAUUACUCUGAUAGUAACAGCAUAUUAUCGAGAGGAAAAGCAUCAUUUGCGUUUAGAAGUGAACAAAUGGUGUUUAAUCAUUGCUUGCAUGGGCAUUGUGACGGUGAUUGCCAACUUUUUGCAGCACUUCUACUUUGGCAUAAUGGGGGAGAAAAUGACUGAACGUGUCCGAAGAAUGAUGUUUUCUGCAAUGCUUCGUAAUGAAGUCGGAUGGUUUGAUGAAGAGGAGAACAGUGCUGACAAUUUGUCAAUGCGCUUGGCCAAUGAUGCUACUUUUGUGAGAGCUGCUUUUAGCAACAGACUUUCCAUAUUUAUACAAGAUAGUGCAGCUAUCAUUGUGGCUGUUCUCAUUGGUAUGCUACUGCAGUGGCGGCUGGCGCUCGUCGCUUUAGCUACUCUUCCUGUUUUGAUGGUUUCUGCGGUUGCUCAGAAAUUGUGGCUGGCUGGAUUUUCAAAGGGUAUUCAGGAGAUGCAUAGGAAGGCAUCUUUGGUCCUCGAGGAUGCAGUUAGAAACAUUUAUACUGUUGUAGCCUUUUGUGCUGGCAACAAGGUGAUGGACCUAUAUCGAUUGCAACUGCGGAAGAUAUUUAAGCAAAGCUUCUUACAGGGAAUGGGAAUUGGAUUUGCUUUUGGUUUUUCUCAGUUCCUUCUCUUUGGAUGCAAUGCUCUCCUCCUCUGGUACACCGCCAUAUCUGUUAAAAAUCACUACAUGGGUUUGACUACAGCACUUAAGGAGUAUAUGGUAUUCUCUUUCGCUACGUUUGCACUGGUUGAGCCUUUUGGCUUGGCUCCAUAUAUUUUGAAGAGGAGAAAGUCCCUUGUCUCAGUGUUUGAAAUCAUUGAUCGAGUUCCUAAGAUAGACCCUGAUGAUAAUUCAGCUUUGAAACCGCCUAAUGUUUAUGGAAGCAUUGAGCUAAAAAACGUGGAUUUUUCUUAUCCCACUCGUCCAGAAGUCCUGGUAUUGAGUAACUUUAGUCUUAAAGUCAAUGGAGGACAAACUGUAGCCGUGGUGGGGGUUUCAGGUCAGAAACAAAGAAUUGCCAUUGCUCGGGUUGUACUGAAGAAUGCGCCAAUACUAUUGUUAGAUGAAGCUAGCUCCUCCAUUGAAUCUGAGUCGAGUCGGGUGGUACAGGAGGCUCUUGAUACUCUCAUCAUGGGAAACAAAACAACCAUUUUAAUUGCCCACCGAGCAGCCAUGAUGAGGCAUGUUGACAGCAUUGUUGUACUUAAUGGAGGCCGAAUUGUUGAGGAGGGAAGCCAUGACGCAUUGAUGGCAAAGAAUGGUUUGUAUGUUCGUCUAAUGCAGCCUCACUUUGGUAAGGGUAUUCGUCAGCAUAGACUUGUGUAG